CGCUCGAUUCCUACAAAGAAACAGAGAGAGGGAGGGGGAGAGAGAGAGAGAGAGAGAGAGAGAGGAGGGAUCGAACGGCUGCUUCCACUUAUCUCAUCUUCCCCUAAUUCUUUCGCCUCUUCUAAAAUUUUCCAAGAAAGAGUGAUCGAAAGGAGGAAUCCCCAUGGCGGUCAUCGCGAAUACGUUCGUCUCCAUCCGAGAUCUCCGCCCCCCGGCUUUCUCCGGUUGUUCCUUGAAGCCAUCAGAGCAAUCUCUUGUAAGUUGCAGGCCUAUGAACUUGUCCCGGAGCACCAUUUGCCGGAGGAAAGCAAAAAUUGCAACUUAUAAGAGCCGAGUUACUGUUCAAGCAGCCUACAGUGGUGGUGGAAGGCCAAGCAGUGCUAGUAUCUUCAUUGGGGGAUUUGUUUUGGGUGGAAUUAUAGUUGGAGCUCUUGGUUGUGUCUAUGCUCCUCAGAUCAGCAAAAUAUUGGCUGGGGCUGAUAGAAGAGAUCUGAUGAGGAAGUUGCCAAAAUUCAUAUAUGAUGAGGAAAAGGCUUUGGAGAGGACUCGAAAGAUCCUGGCACAGAAGAUUGAGCAGCUGAACUCAGCUAUAGAUGAUGUUUCUUCUCAGCUCCGAGCAGAUGAUGGUCCAAAUGGGGUAGCUGUGGCAUCAGAUGAAGUCGAAGCUGCAAUUUAAAGUCAACCUGGUAACAUGUUAGUGCGCAUGGAACAAGCUGUAUUUGUGGAUAUUGUGCCUUUACUUUCGAUGUUUUUGACUUGGUAAAAUUUGGAUCUAUAGUACUUCAAUUCAGCAGUUUUUUAACAGCAAAAUUGUUCAUGAAGCUGCUUGACCAUCUA